AUGAGUGACCGUUAUUUAGAACAAAGAAUUAGCAUCAAAUUUUGCGUGAAAUUGAACAAGUCUGCAAGUGAGACUCGUCAUCUCUUAAAAGAAGCAUAUGGGGAUGAAGUCAUGUCGAGGGCCAGAGUUUUUGACUGGCACAAAAGGUUUAAAGAAGGGCGGGAAGAUGUUCGAGAUGAUGCGCGAAGUGGACGUCCAGUCACCCACCGGACAGAUGAAAAUAUCCAGAAGGUCAAGGACUUGGUUUGUUCAAACAGGCAGUUAACAGUGAGAAUGAUGGCCGAAGAGUUAAAUUUAGAUAAAGAAACGGUUAGACUCAUUCUGAAAGAAAAUUUGAACAUGAGGAAAGUGUCUGCAAAAGUUAUAUCGGGUAUUUUGAAGGAUGAGCCUAAACCUCUAAAACUUGACUUUCAGUCAGAUCUUUCAAAGGACUGUGGGGAAAGAUCUUCAUCUGUGAGGGAAAAGAUAACAAGUUCUGAAACAUGGCAUCAUCUUCAGAGUGAAGCUGGUCGGGAAAUGCCUCUGCCUUCGUGCUAUUCCAAAACCCACUAUCCUACCAACCAGCUUCUGCAGGUUUCGUCUUCAGGAAGCCUUCCCACCAGGGUAGAUCAGGAUUGGUUCACACCAUGGUGA